AUGGUGUCUCCACCGGAGUUGAAGCCUCACGCGGCCAACUACUUCAAGGCAAUUCUAGGUAGCACUGAUAUGCCAGUCUCAGCUAUAUCUACCAGUGACCUGAGUAAUCUACUACCUUACAGAUGUUCAGAAGCUUCAGCAACGUCACUUCUACAUCCAAUGUUUGAGGAGGAAAUUACCAAGACUCUGCUCAGUCUCCCAACUGAUAAGUGUCCGGGCCCGGAUAGCUAUCCGCUGGAGUUUUCAAGGCUUCUUGGGUCAAGGUGCGGCCUGAGGUGGUUGCAGUGA